CAGUACAGGUGCAAAUGGUGCGCAUGAGAGGACAGUUUCUCGAAAUGGUCAAUAUGAUGUUCACAAGGAUGCUGACAGAACAGACAUGAGGACUCCUUUUUCCCGCGUCCGACACACCGAACGCAUCAACGACACACGCGUCACAGCGGUCUCGAGGCGGGUUGAUCUCCAGACAGGCUACUGAAUCAAUCGCGGACAAGAUCAGGCUGCGUUGAACAGCAGCGUGCACGAACAAAAGGACGCGCUUUUCAAGCUAUCGAUCGCUCAAAGACGCGGGCAUUCCUCAAGGUUUUUGGCAGGCCCCCAAAAAGCCCAGUCAGAAAGGCUCCGCGCCUUGGACCAGCCGCGACGCCACGCCCCGUAUUGAUUGCCGAAAACGGGCUAACCGUGCCCUGAACCGGCAAGGUCGUAGUGGCCUCACGCGGCGGAGAACUCCACUCACGCACCCAAAAGGAGCUUCCGUGUGUAAGGUACCGUGUGGAGAUGAAAUCCCAUUUGCGAUCGGCCUUGCUCCUUUGGUGCUUUUCAUCGCUGAUAUCUUGAUUCGCACAUCCUUUACUCUUUCGUAGCAGCCUUCUUUUCGCCGGGCUUGUGUCCUUCUUUACUUUGCGGCUUUGGUUCUCGGCUAUCGUUUCGCCAUUCGCAAGCUUUUCGCUUAUUCAAUUGCGGGCGAUGUACUAGACUUUGUCUCUACCACUUCGAUCGGUCGCACCGCGCCGAGAUACGGGUCGCGCAUAGUUCUCCCUCCGUUUAUCUAUCUGGACAUUCCUUGCUUUCAUAGUCGCUCUCUGUGUGUGCAGGAGCGUGGAAUAGAACUUCCAUGAUGCCAUCCAAUCGCCGCCUGAAGGGCUUCUUCCUUCUGGCCGUUCUACUUAUCCUUCUCACACUCUACAUUACUGCCUCUGGCCGACAGACUCGGUCGUCAGAAUUCUAUACAUCGACUCAAGAUGCGUUGUCAGCUGCGAAGGCUGCAAAGCAAGCUAAACUUGCAGACAUGGAGCAUGCGCUUGGCGAGGAUAGCAUGGUCAGUCAUCGGCUAAAGGCUGCUGAAGAGGCUGCAAAACGGAAGGCCGACGAGAAAGCCGAGAUGUUUCAUGGCGAGGAAACGAAGCAGAAGGCCCUCAAGGUGAAGGAGCGCUUGGAGCAGGACGAAGACGUGGAAACCGCGUCCUCUAAGUCAUCGAAGUCAUCAAAGUCCGGCAAAUCCUCCAAGUCUAGCACCGGUGGAAGGAGAGACCCUGAAGAGGGAGAAAAGGCUGUUGCAGGGAGAAUAGUUAUGAAAGACCCCAAAGAGAGUGUGCUAAAAGCAAAUGAUGAGGAUGAUUUUGAGUCCAAAUCGGACAAGCACGUGGAGAAGGUUGAUAAAGAGGCGGAGAUCGAGAAUGAGGAUGAAUCAGACACACCUCAUGAAGAAACCGAGGACGAACGCAAGGCACAUGCCGAGCUAAACGACAUUCUCAAGAAAAGUCCAAUCAUCAUCUUCUCCAAAACCUAUUGUCCCUACUCACGCCGGGCAAAACAUAUCCUCCUGGAAAAGUACAAGAUCACGCCCUCGCCAUAUGUUGUAGAACUCGACAUCCAUCCAUUGGGCAAGCAGUUGCAGUCCUACCUCGGCGGCAUCACUGGUCGCAAGACCGUUCCUAACAUCCUGGUCAGGGCAAAAAGCAUAGGUGGUGGUGACGAUGUGCAGGAACUCGACGAGAAAGGCAAGCUAAAGGAUACAUUGAGAAGAAUGGGUGGCAAGCAAGUGCAGGUAGAGAUGGUGUUGAGUGAAGCGGAGAGGGACGCCAUGCGGAAAAGAGACGCGGAAGUCGCUGAAAAGAACAGGAGGCGGCACUUUUGGUCCUGAUCAAAUUGAAAACACCUUUUCGGCAUUUAUUUUCUGGAUACCCUUGGACCGGUUUGGGAUAGGGAUGCAUUAUUCUUGGCUCGAACUUGUGAGUCACAUGACAUGUGAAUUAUGUAUUAUGGUAAGAAGCACUGGAUAUACAUGUGUUGUGGUUAGCAACCUUGAAGGUAAAAUCCUCCCCAGAGGUUGUGGUUUUUGUCCACGAUUAGCUUAAUGGAGAUACUGUCGGGUUCAAAGCGCAAUGCGUACUUCACGCAGCUUGCUUUCGCUUUCUCUGUAUCUUCCAUAGUGAAUGUACUUGAUAAAAAGAAGUUUGUGUAGCCUUCAGCUGAAA